GAGUCGCGAGAGAUCCCAGCGCGCAGAACUUGGGGAGCCGCCGCCGCGAUUCGCCGCCGCCGCCAGCUUCCGCCGCCGCAAGAUCGGCCCCUACCCCAGCCUUCGCGGCAGCCCUGCGUCCACCACGGGCCGCGGCCACCGCCAGCCUGGGGGCCCACCUACACUCCCCGCAGUGUGCCCCUGCACCCCGCAUGUAACCCGGCCGAGCCCCGGCGAGUGUGCCCUCAGUAGCUUCGGCCCCGGGCUGCGCCCACCACCCCAACAUCAGCUCUCCAGCUCGCUCGUCCGGGAUGGCAGCGGCCAAGGCCGAGAUGCAAUUGAUGUCUCCGCUGCAGAUCUCUGAUCCGUUCGGCUCCUUUCCUCACUCACCCACCAUGGACAACUACCCCAAACUGGAGGAGAUGAUGAUGCUGAGCAACGGGGCUCCCCAGUUCCUCGGUGCUGCCGGAACCCCAGAGGGCAGCGGCGGCAAUAGCAGCAGCAGCAACAGCAGCGGGGGCGGUGGUGGGGGCGGCAGCAACAGCGGCAGCAGCGCCUUCAAUCCUCAAGGGGAGCCGAGCGAACAACCCUAUGAGCACCUGACCACAGAGUCCUUUUCUGACAUCGCUCUGAAUAAUGAGAAGGCGAUGGUGGAGACGAGUUAUCCCAGCCAAACUACUCGGCUGCCUCCCAUCACCUAUACCGGCCGCUUCUCCCUGGAGCCUGCACCCAACAGUGGCAACACUUUGUGGCCUGAACCCCUUUUCAGCCUAGUCAGUGGCCUCGUGAGCAUGACCAAUCCUCCGACCUCUUCAUCCUCAGCGUCCUCUCCGGCUGCUUCCUCGUCGUCCUCUGCCUCCCAGAGCCCGCCCCUGAGCUGUGCUGUGCCGUCCAACGACAGUAGCCCCAUUUACUCUGCUGCGCCCACCUUUCCUACUCCCAACACUGACAUUUUUCCUGAGUCCCAAAGCCAGGCUUUUCCCGGCUCGGCAGGCACAGCCUUGCAGUACCCGCCUCCUGCCUACCCUGCCACCAAAGGUGGAUUCCAGGUUCCCAUGAUCCCUGACUAUCUGUUUCCACAACAACAGGGAGACCUGAGCCUGGGCACCCCAGACCAGAAGCCCUUCCAGGGUCUGGAGAACCGUGCCCAGCAGCCUUCGCUCACUCCACUAUCCACUAUUAAAGCCUUUGCCACUCAGUCGGGCUCCCAGGACUUAAAGGCUCUUAAUACCACCUACCAGUCCCAGCUCAUCAAACCCAGCCGCAUGCGCAAGUACCCCAACCGUCCCAGCAAGACGCCCCCCCACGAACGCCCAUAUGCUUGCCCUGUCGAGUCCUGCGAUCGCCGCUUUUCUCGCUCGGAUGAGCUUACCCGCCACAUCCGCAUCCACACAGGCCAGAAGCCCUUCCAGUGUCGAAUCUGCAUGCGUAACUUCAGUCGUAGCGACCACCUUACCACUCACAUCCGCACCCACACAGGCGAGAAGCCUUUUGCCUGUGACAUUUGCGGGAGAAAGUUUGCCAGGAGUGAUGAACGCAAGAGGCAUACCAAGAUCCACUUAAGACAGAAGGACAAGAAAGCAGACAAAAGUAUCGUGGCCUCUUCGGCUGCCUCUUCCCUCUCUUCCUACCCCUCCCCAGUGGCUACCUCCUACCCAUCCCCCGCCACCACCUCAUUUCCAUCCCCUGUGCCCACCUCCUACUCCUCGCCUGGCUCCUCUACCUACCCAUCUCCUGCGCACAGUGGCUUCCCAUCGCCCUCAGUGGCCACCACCUUUGCCUCGGUUCCACCUGCUUUCCCGGCCCAGGUCAGCAGCUUCCCGGCAGCAGGUGUCAGCAACUCCUUCAGCACCUCAACGGGCCUUUCAGACGUGACAGCAACCUUUUCUCCCAGGACAAUUGAAAUCUGCUAAAGGGAAUAAAAGAAAGCAAAGGGAGGGGCAGAAAGGACAUAAAGGACAGGAGGGAAGAGACGGCUGUAAGAGGGGCCACCUCUUAGGUCAGAUGGAAGAUCUCCGAGCCAAGUCCUUCUAGUCACGAGUAGAAGGUCCGUUGGCCACCAGCCCCUUCACUUACUGUCCCUGCUGCCCCGUUCCUGUUCCCUUUGACUUCAGCUGCCUGAAUCGGCCAUGUCCAAGUUCUUCACCUCUAUCCAAAGGACUUGAUUUGCAUGGUAUUGGAUAAAUCAUUUCAGUAUCAUCUCCGUCACAUGCCUGGCCCAUGCUCCCUUCAGCGCUAGACGAUCAAUUUGGCAAAAAAAAAAAAAAAAUAUGGGUUUGGGCC